AUGGCUCCUAGCAAUAAAAAUCCAAUCAAAAAAAGGGAGAAAAAAGUAAUGACAUUGGCUGAAAAGUUAAAAAUUUUGAACGCGUUGAAAGCUGGUGAUAAAGUCGCCGAAAUUGCACGACGGUUAUCGGUAAAUGAGUCAACGAUUCGAUCUAUUCGCGAUAAUGAGAAGAAAAUUCGAGAGAGCGCAGCACAUUUAAGCCUACACGCCAAAUGCACCAAAAUUAGUAGAAAAGGGAUUAUAGAGCAAAUGGAAGAGAUGUUAAUAAUAUGGGUUCAGGAUAUGUUUCAAUGUAAAGCGGGAGUAAGUGGAUUAGCUAUUCGUGAACAAGCAUUAGCAAUCGUUCGUUACUUGAAGGAGAAAAAUAAUGACAGUGCAUCUGCUAACCACGAAGCUGUUCGUAGAUUCCCUGCUGAAGUGGAGCAAUUGAUUCAAGAGAAAGGAUACAAAAACAAAGCUCAAUUACCGGUUUUUUGGAGAUCCUCCAGAAGUGCUUGGAUGAAUAAAAAACUUUUUGAAGAAUGGUUCAAUUUCAGCUUUGUUCCAGAAGUAAGAGAAUUUUUAUUAACAAGAAAUUUAGCUUUCAAAGUUUUGUUGAUCAUUGAUAAUGCCCCGAGCCAUCCUGAGUCAAUACAAACCGCUCACCCUGACAUUGAAAUUCUCUUUCUUCCUCCAAAUACAACUGCUUUGCUUCAACCAAUGGACCAAACCCUGUUACUACGCAAACUGAUAGCCACGACCCGACUCAAGCAGUUUUGGAAAGAUUUUAAUAUUUUACAUUCGAUCACUCUACUUUCGGAAUCAUGGAAUGAAAUAAAAGAUUCCACCUUAAAUGCAAGCUGGGGUAAAUUAUUACCUGCUGUUGUAAACACUCCUGGAGAGCCCCUGGAAAAUGUUGAAAUCGUUGUUCAACAAACGAUGGAGAUUGGAGCGGAAAUUGGUGGUGUAGGAUUUGCCGAUAUCAAUGCUCCAGAAAUAAUGAGUCUUAUUUUACCGAGCGAACAAAAUUUAAGCAUUGAUGAAAUCGAUGAGUUGAUAACAGAAUAA